AUGGCGUUCCGGGUCCUGGCCAAGAAGGACAUGGAGCUGUGCGAGUCACCAGUCAUCGAGCAUGACUUCUCCCUGCGACCACUGUGCCAGCUCCGUGAAGACAAGGUGUGUGACCCUGUCUGGGACUUCAGACGCGCUGUGAAUGAGGAAUCGCACACAGUUGCAGUGGCACUGGAGAUUGCACCGGGCUUACACUGCAUCGGUCAUUGCCUCUAUUGA